CGUGCGGAGCCGGGGGCAGGCGGAGGAGGCGAAGUCCAAAUACUUCGGCCGAGCCACGCCAGGGGGCCGUGUUACCAGUCCUGCUGUUAAUGAAGUAAUUAGUGGUUCUGAAGGUCCUCCCAGGGCUCGGGUAGCAGUAACCGUAGAAGUGUGCGGGCAAUUACGGCCGGUUUUCUGUAGCGCUCAUGGAUCGCACCUGUAGCUUGAGUUACGCCGCAUGAGUGCCCUGGGCUACGGCACGGCUGGCCAGGCCACCCCGGCUGCGAAGGGCUUUGUGCGCCCCGCUGUAAUUCAGAAGAUUCCAGACCCAUCACUUCUGCCCUUCAGAUAACUCUGCCUGCAGUGACAUUUAGAAGCUGGGUGGGAGCAAGCGCCGGGAAGCUCAGCACGGCUCAGGAGACAGCAGAAUCCUCCAGCCAAAUUACACUGUUUUAAUGCUUUGUCCCUUGCACACAACUGUUUACCCACUUUCUUUAAUAAUCUAAGAAACUGGAUUCUUCUCGAAAUUUUCUUCACAUGAGGUUACAGUAAAAAGCUUGAUGUCAUUUGAGCAGGACAAUUAAACCCUUGAGGAAAUAUUAGACAGGCCAUAGAGAUAGAAUUACUUACUGCAGAAAGAAGCAUCACCGGGCUACAAUGUAAUGAAGCCCUUACUUGCAACCAUUUCAGGAUGUUGCAGGAAAAUGUAUUUUUUGCCUUGAUUUUUAACCAUACAGAUUAAUUGCUAGACCUUCAAUAUACGAAGAGAAGUAUUUUGAAAUGCCUGAUAUUCGGGUUUGGAUUUUGGAGCAUGAUGAAAAGUGGGAAAUACAACUGACUACUGGGGAUAGGGCUUGGAGAUGAUCCCUUGAAAGCACUAGGAUGCCUGGCUGCUUUAAAAAGACGUUAUUUUCCUUGGCUUCUCUAGUAAGUUUUGUGUCUUUUAUCUUGAUUGUUGUUGCAAUGGGGACCCCAAAGUGGAUGACUGGAAAGAUCCUUUGCAAAACAGGAGCUGAUUUGGUCAAUGCCACAGAUCCAGAGCUGGUCAAGUUCAUUGGAGAAAUUUACUAUGGACUCUUUCGGGGCGGCAAAACACGCCAGUGUGGCUUGGGUGGGCGGCGUUCCAAAUUCACAAUUUUCCCACACAUGGUGAAAAAGUUGAACCCAGGCCUGCAUGUGAUGAUCAUAAUAUUCCUCUGUGUGGCCAUUUUCUUUUCUCUGGUCAGUUUUGGAUUCUGCAUUCUUAACACAAUAAAAGUUCCUUACCGGGCUAUUAACGGUCCAGCAGGAGCAUGCCUUUGGAACUUCCUUGCAGGUGGAUUUGUAGUACUUGCAGUCACCAGCUUCAUGGCUGCUGUGAAACUUCAUCACCUCACAGAAAGAAUUGCCAAUUUUCGGGAAAAUGUCUUUCGGUUCGUUAUCUUAGAGGAACGCUCUGAAGACUGUUUUUGGAUUUGUGUGGCAAGUGCCACAGCACAUGCAGUCAAUUUGCUGCUAAUAGCCAUUAGUGGGAUUCAUUUUCCUAAAAUUAAGACUAAAACAGAAGAAGUGAAUGUUACGGCAGAAGAUAUCAUGUACUAACAAGUCUACACAAAACUAUUUUGGUCAAGUGAACUGUUGUGAUAGGAACAGCUUCUUGGCUCUUCAGCCUUUGUUUUGGAUAGAUGAUUUACAUAUAAACCUGAGUAAAGAUGUCAGUCUACAAUACCAGCAACUAACAUGUCUGUGAAAAAGUAAAAAAACUCAAAUGCUAUAAAUAUCAUUAUUCUCAAAAUGGACUGAUAUCUGCAGUGAAUAUAUGCUGUUACUCAGUUUUUAGAACAUUUGCGCUUUGGCAUAUUUUAGAAAACUAAGGUAAAAUAUUAUCUCAUCAAACAAAGUGUCUUCUUUAUUUAGAAAGAAAACAUGUUUAUCACAAAUCUUUGAAACUAUAAGGUUAUUUCAAAACAGAAAGAAUGUAUGUUUGGCAUUCACUUUCACAGAAUUAUCUAGAGCAUGUUGAGAGGGACAUAUAAGUUAUGUUUGAUGAUGUUAUACAGCAUUGAAAAAGAAAACAUCAUAUGUGAGGCUAAAGUUAAGGGGCAGCAAAGUCUAAGUGUGUGUGAAAUGUUUUUAAAACAGAAAUUAUCCAAUACCCCAAGGCAAAGAAGUGAGAAAUGUAAAGUAUAUGGGAUGCUAUUAGUCUAUGAAGAAAAAAUUCUUAGUUGCUAGAUGAAUGUUUCAUUGCAGCUUCUGGAAGUAAAGUAAACAGAUUAAAGGUAAUAGUGCUUUUAGAUAAUCUGGAAAAUAAUAUUCUGACAGAUUAAUUGUCUUUAUAACUGCAUUAAUUGUUAAGUCCAUCUGAAAUCAAGUAAAAGUGAUGUAUGAUGAAACAGUGUUGAAAUGAAUAGAGCUGGCUAAAUGGAUGGAAAAGUUGCUUUCUUAGGAAGUACCAUGGUUUUGACAGGGAUUCAACCAGUUCAUGGGUCACGAGGAGUGAAUAUUUUUGAGAAAAGAAUAUGGAAUGUACCACUAAGAAUGGAUACAGUGAUCUCUACCAUCUCUGGGUUUGGCUCUACAAGGUUAGGAGGAUUAUGAGUGAAGCAGAAAUUUGUGAGGGUGCCUCUGCAAUAGGCCCUAAUAACCUGUCUUCUUCAAGACACUAUGAGCCACUUUUUUUUUCAGGAGGACUAAAAUUAUUUUUAAAAAUUUAAGAGACAGAAAAUUAUGAUGAGUCUAGGGAAUUCAUUUCUCAAUGAAAUAAAACAAUUAAAAUUUUAGCAUAAAAGAGACUCAAUAAAUCAGAAAAAGUGAUUCCUAUUUUAUACCACCCUCUUAUUUCACUGUUCUUCUGAUUUUGCUGGUGCUUUCACUCAGAUUGUACCCUGGGCCACAACUCCAGAAAGAUGGUCCCAGUACAUGGACAGGCAGCAAACAAACCCAGUCUAUGAAAGUGUCUUAGAGGGUAACAACACAGUACUGCCGGGGAAACUGUCCACAGAGGCUUCUGUGGUCCCACCAUCUUCCCCUCCCAGAAAAUUCUGAGUGGCUUUGAAAUAGAAAAACUUGAAGUGCAGCAUAAUUAUGCAAGUAGAAAAUGUAAUACUUGUCAUUUGUACUCUUUCUAUGAGCAUGUAUAAUUUAGACGUAGUUACUGUACAGAAAGUAUUAUAUUGUGACAUGUAACUUAGCUUUUCCUAAAUACAGUUUUCUUCAGGAGGUGAGAAGGAAGCAGAUUGUUAAAUCCUCCAUAUUAAGAGAUUGCUUUGAAAAUGCUUUUCAGUAAUAUUAAUAUGCAUGUAUUGCAACACAUUUUCAUACUGAUAAUAAACUGGUUAAUGGCCUCCAAA